AACCAUCACACAAUGAAUCUCCUCGUACUGGUAUUUGGGGUUAUGCUUCUGCAUGAAGCCUACACUCUGAAGUGUUAUGAGUGUGUGCCUAGGUUCCAGGGAAACUGCACUGACAAGAUGAUAGAAUGUCCUAUUCAGGGACAACAGUGUGGAGCAGUGACGAUCCGGUAUAUCGCAGGUAUUUUACAAACUGAAAGCUACAUGAAGUCAUGUUUCUCUGCUGAUCAGUGUAUCGAAGGCUCGGUCAACUAUGAUGGCAGCAGGACUGUAAUCACCAGCAAGUGUUGCACCACUGACCUCUGCAACACUGAGUUUGCCCCAACAGCUCCCAGCACAUCCGUCCCCAACGGUAGGAAGUGUUUUGGUUGCAUUGGAUUUAAAAAGUGCACUUCCACUGUAAACUGCCAGGGGACUGAGGACCACUGCAUCUCAGCGUCAGCGGAAAUAGGAGAUACACCGAUGUUCAGUAAGGGCUGUGCCUCCAAGCAGAUUUGCACAAAUCAUCCAAAGAUGAUAGAACACUUGGGAGUAGACAUAAGCUGCUGUCAGGGCGACCUCUGCAACAGCGCCAGCACCUUGAGAGCCGGUCUCCAGCUGCUGCUGCUGCUGGUGCCACUGCUCACUUCUGUCAUGUUGUGUUAAAAAACAGUACGACACAGCUAAACACUUCUCAUUUCUCCCCUCAACCCUCUUUUAUUCUUUCAAGUAAGGAGUGAGAGAGUUCAAAGUUAAGCAUUAAGUAGAGCUUGGAUCUUUAAUUGUGUGCUUAAAUACAUUACAACUGACUUAUUAUCUCUUUUUUUGGUGGUGGCAUAAUCAUUUUUGUUUUUCACUGAAUAUCUGUCAACAAACACCCCUCUGUUGUUUCUCUUUAAUGGCAAAAAUAUAUUGUUAAAAAAUAUAUUGGUUUUCUGAAUAAUAUGAUAAUAUUUACAGUUUUUUCAGAAAUAUUAAGAUGUUAUUGUUAAAAAGAUAAACAAACCGUUUUCCUAAAAUUCUG